UCCUCCCCCCGUGUGGAGCUGAGAUGACAGUCUGAGACGGAGCUCCGAGAGAGAGCAACAAGUCUGUGAGAGAGAAACUGAGAAUUAAAGAAGAGAAACUAAAGAGUUUCUGUUUCCUUUAAGAGAAAUACUUCAUAACGAGCCUCCUGUUGGAUUAAUCUGUGUGGAGAGUCCGUGAACUCAGGAACAGAGUGAAGGUGUCAUGGCCGCCCACUUCACUGAACUUCCCUCCUAGACUCGACCGAGAUAAGGACAUACACACCUAAAUAUCAACACAAACUCCUUAGGCUUUAAGUGUGUGUGUGUGUGAGGGAUGACAACCUCCCAUCUGAACGGCCAUGUUGCCGGAGAGGGAGGCGGAGGCGGUGGAGGAGGAGGAGGAGAUGAAGAACUGAGACAGCAGCACAGGGAAAUGGCCGUUGACUGUCCGGGAGAGCUGGGGAGUCGAACGCUACCGGUCCGAAGAUCCGCACAGCUGGAGCGGAUACGACAGCACCAGGAGGAUCUUCGUCGUCGUAGGGAGGAGGAGGGUCGACAGCUGGACCUGAACGCCUCGCUCAGACUCAGGAAGCUCUCCCAGAAUCCUCACAUCGGCAUCGACAACCCCACAUUCCUCCAAGACACGCCGCAUCAGCAAGCGCUUGGCAGCCAGCACACACAUGCACUGCUGGAGUUGGAGGAGCUGCUGCUCUCCCUGAAGCAGGUCCGCGGCUGCCUGUCUGACCAGCAGAGUCUGAAUGACGUGGAGCUGGUUCUUGCACUAUUAAACAAGUCUGAUUUCCAGUCAGCACUGAAGAUCCAUAAUGCCGUGGCCUCCAGCAUGCACAGACCGUCUCCUCCGUACCCUCACACACAGCAGGCUCUUCAGCUGGCCAUGGAGGUCAGGAAUCUCAUCCAGCCAGCCCAGAACAAAGAGGGACUCGAACUCCAAAGCCUGCUGUCAGACACACACCUCCAGUCCUUGCUCCUGGCUCAUGACAGCAUAGCAGAGAGGGAGAUGCAGCCUGAGCCGCUGCCCGCCCAAGGAGAAACUCUGACCCAGUGGGGAGGAGAGACUGUCAAGAUAGUUCGCAUAGAGAAGGCCCCGGACAUACCACUGGGGGCGACAGUUCGUAACGAGAUGGAGAGCGUUGUGAUCAGUCGUAUCGUUCGAGGCGGAGCGGCCGAACGGAGCGGACUUCUAACCGAAGGAGACGAAGUGCUGGAGAUCAACGGGAUAGAGAUCAGAGGGAAAGACGUCAACCAGGUCUUUGACAUCCUCGCGGACAUGCACGGCCUCCUGACCUUUGUGCUUAUUCCCAGCUCUCAGAGCAAACCUCCUCCCGUCAAAGAGAACGUGGUCCACGUGAAAGCACACUUUGACUACGACCCCUCAGACGACCCUUACGUGCCGUGCAGAGAGCUCGGCUUGUCUUUCCAGAAAGGAGACAUCCUGCACAUCAUCAGCCAGGCAGACCCGAACUGGUGGCAGGCGUACAGGGACGGAGACGAGGACAACCAGCCGCUCGCCGGACUGGUCCCAGGGAAGAGCUUCCAGCAGCAGAGAGAGGCCAUGAAGCAAACGAUAGAAGAAGACAAGGAGCCUGAGAAGUCUGGGAAGCUUUGGUGUGCAAAGAAAAACAAGAGGAAGAGAAAGAAGCUGCUCUACAACGCUCACAAAAAUGAUGAUAUGGAUAACGAUGAGGUCCUCACCUACGAGGAGAUGGCGCUCUACCACCAGCCGGCCAAUAGAAAGCGGCCAAUCGCUCUGAUUGGUCCGACCAGCUGCGGGCAGACGGAGCUCAGACAGAGACUCCUCAACAACCAACCGGAGCGCUUUGCCGGGGCCGUACCUCACACCACACGGAAUCGCAGAGAUGGCGAGCUGAGCGGUCGAGAUUAUCAAUUCGUGUCUCGUCAGACGUUUGAGGCCGAGCUGGCAGCAGGAAAGCUGAUCGAGUCCGGUGAGUUUGAGAAGAACCUCUACGGGACGAGUACGGACUCAGUGAGACAAGUCAUCAACACUGGAAAAAUCUGUGUGCUCUGUCUGCACACCCAGGCUCUGAGGGUGCUGAGGAGCUCCGACCUGAAGCCUUACAUCAUCUUCAUCGCUCCGCCCUCUCAGGAGAGACUCAGAGCCUUACUGGCGAAAGACAACAAGAACCCCAAGCCCGAGGAGCUGCGUGACAUCAUCGAGAAAGCCCGGGAGAUGGAGCAGAGCUGCGGUCACCUGUUCGACGCCGUCAUCGUGAACCUGGACCUGGACAAAGCCUUCAACGAGCUGCUACGACUCAUCAACAAACUGGACACUGAGCCGCAGUGGGUGCCCUGCUCCUGGCUGCGCUGAACACACACUCACACACUCACACACACACUCACACACCAUUUAAAGAGUAGACGAUGGAGUCACACUUCUAGAGAUUUAACAAACUGGAACCUGAAAUGCGACUAGAAAUUAAGACAGAGUGUUAGGGUCAGUGUGACGAGCGUGAGGUCAUAUAUGAGAUAUAAGUUUUAUAAUCACAUUUAAAGGUCCUUUAAGUCGAUGUUAGGAGAGUAACUUAGAGAAAAGACGUGAUUAUUUUGCAGAUUAAACUACCUGCAUCCUCAUCUCUGAACUGUGAAUGUUCCCUCAGAGCUCAGCUGCCUUUAAAUCACCUCAGACUCUAAAUCUGCUGUCGUGAACUUUGAGUUCUGCGUGCUCCAGCUGCCUCAGACACAUCCAGGUGUGAGAGUUAUACUUCACCUUCAUGCUUCUUUUAUUAUAAUAUCACACAGACUGUAAACUAGUAAGGCUUCCCUUAAAGAUGCACCUCAAUGAAACCUGUAAUCAAGUGUGUAACGUUAAAAAUGACCGGAUAUGACAGUAAAAAUCUAGUAUUUUCAUUCUUCUUCUUUGAUUUCAACACUGUCUCACAUAUCCUGACUGCAUUUUAUCAUUUUAAAGAGCCUUUUGUCAUCUAAAUGAUCACUUUCUUUCUCUAAAGUAACUCCUCAAAUAAACCCCAGUGUUGAAUUCAUGGUGGGGCUCUUGUAACGCCUCCUUUACGAGUGAAUAGAUCAGCUGUGAAGUCUUAACUCCUGAAACAUUUAAGACUCUUGGAGUUUAAGCGUGCACCCCAUGUACGGAGGCUUUAGUCAACCACUUCCUGUCUUCAGUUGUCCUUUCAAAAUAAGGCGAAAUACCCCAAAAUAUCACUUAAAUUGUCCUAUAACAAAUAUAAUAACUGUAAAAUAUUAUGACCUUUUAUUCCCAGAUCUUUUUGAACUCUCUGUUUUUAAUCAUUGACCCUGAUACUCUGUCGUACCGCAGAAAGUAACUCCACAAACAUUGACCUGGAGGCUCGUGUAAAGCGGUUUUAAAGAAGCCAGAACGAACUGAUCUCAGACGAUGUCUUUCCUGAAGCGUCAUCUCUUCACUCAAACACUGAUCUCUCUUUUCCUUUCUCUUCUCCUCACGUCUCUUAGUGCGACCAAAAUACGGACCUGGAACUUUUUUUUUAACUUUCCUUCUUUGUGUCUGUUUUACUCUCUGAAAUGUCCGGCCUCAUUAAGAAGCAUCCUGUGAUCAUUUCAACUGUUAUGAUUAGAAAUAUUUAAAUUAUUUUUAACUUUUUGCAGUGCUGAAAUCCUUGUAAACGUUUGAUUUUGUACUCUUGAUUUUUUUAUUGAAUAACUCCGGCUCGGAGAGUUUGAGAACUGAGGAGGAAAUGUGAAAUCAAACUCAGAGUACAAAUUUAAAUCCACGCUGAGCCUCCACACGUACUGCUCUGAACACGUUCUGUGUCUUACAUGCUGACUCUCCUCUGUACUGAGGAGGAUUUAUGGCCUGAGGGGACAUCCCUAACUGACUGGUGUAUGACUGACUGACUGUCCUGUUAACUGAACACUAUUUACCAUAUUCACCCUGCAUCCAUUUUCACACUGACGUCAUCACGCUCAGGGAGGAGCCUCGAUCACUGUUAUCAAAAGGAACAUGUUGUUCAAGAAGGACAAUGUAUUUGCGAAAUGAAGUGUGACAUGAGUCCAAAUUUAGAGAAGACAGCAGCUUUUUCUUAGGCUGAGAAUGAAGCUUACACAAAAACGCCAAAAACUGCAGUUCCUAAAGUGGCCACACGAGGCUGGCUCCAAAAGUGAGUCGAUCCUCAUUAAGCUUCAUGUUGUAUUUCAAACUUUACAACCCUGCACAAGAAACAUUUUCAGUCAUUAAAGCACAUUUAUUUUUCAAGACAGCUGUGCAUGGGUUGAAUUUUGAAUAACUCCAUAAUUUAAGUUAUAGCAAGUUUCAAAUAUGCAUAAUUAGGGGCGUGGCCUAUUUGAGUGACAGGAAUUGAUUCACUGAAUUCAACGCCUUGGCCAUGUUUGAUGACGGUGCCUUGUGGACAUUUUACAUGCAAAAUAAGAGACAAAUAAUUUGUCUUGCUAUGUCUUUCUCAUCUUGAGGACACACCUGACAGAGUUUGCAUUCUUACUUUUUAUAAUCUGCAUCAUGAUGUCGUUAUUUCAGCAACUUUAAGACCCGGAAAUUGCAAGAAAAUCUGUCUUUUCAGCCUUAGUUUGCUGAAGCAGCCUGAGUGAAGCCUCUGUAAAACCUACAGUUAACAGUGAAACUGAGACUCACCAGAAACAGAUCAAUUGAUGUAAUGAACCAAGAACUGAUGGUGUUAAUUUUGCAGACACAUGCAAAGGAACCACUUUCAAAACAGGGCACAGAAAAGGAAGUCUAGGCUUGAUGUUGCUGAUAUCUAACCGCUAGUUUAACCCUGAGGCAAGACCGGCAUCAUCAGACAACAGCUGAUGGGUUUCGGCUGAUCAACAGUUAGUCAGAACUGCUUCAGUUACAGGACCUGCAGCCUCAAACAAAGCUGCCCAUCAUCCGUUUGAAACACCUGAUCUCUCCGUCCUGAGCGUGACUCCAGGAAAGCGGACGCUGUGUGAAUAUCAUGAAAUGCAAUAAACACUAAAACAAAG